GCAGAGACUCGGGCAGCGGCUGAAGUGGCACUUUCUCAGUACUGUCAGUGCAGGCAGCAUCUCUCCUCAGCCCUAGUACUGUAACCGCCGCAUACAACAGAUCCUCCGGAUCGGGAGAGGAGAUUCGGCUUUGCUCCAUAUCCUGCGGAGUCCAUCCAUGCGAUCCGAGCCCGACUGAGAGCGCACCAUCCACCUGGAUACGCCAGCAUCAGCAUCAGUGUAAGGAGAUCACGGACGCAAGCAUCACCACAAGAAUAUGAUGCUCCAACAGCACUUGCUCGUUGUGCUCUACACCUUCUGUGGGAUUGUCAUCAAAGAGGUGGCAACGAAAAACAAAGUGAAAGGCAGCCAGACUCAGUUCCCCAUCACCCAGAAUGUGACAGUGGUGGAGGGCAGCACAGCCAACAUGACCUGUCGAGUGGAUUACAAUGAUAACACCUCCCUCCAGUGGUCAAACCCAGCACAACAGACCCUGUUCUUCGGGGACAAGAAAGCAUUAAGGGACAACCGGAUUGAACUGGUUCGAGCCUCAUGGAAGGAGCUGACCAUCAGUAUCAGUGACGUGACUCUGUCAGAUGAAGGACAGUACACAUGCUCGCUCUUCACCAUGCCUGUCAAGACUUCCAAGGCCUUCCUCACAGUUCUAGGUGUUCCAGCAAAACCAGAAAUUACAGGCCUCUCAAGACCAGCCCUAGAGGGAGAGGAUGUCACACUGACAUGCACCACAUCUGGCAGCAAACCUGCUGCCGACAUCCGAUGGUUCAGAAACGACAAGGAGGUGCAAGGUCAGAAGGAGGUGAACGCCACUGGAAGGUCAUUCACGGUCAGGAGUAUCAUACGCCUAAAAGUGGACAGGAAGGACGAUGGAGCAGCAUACACCUGCAUGGUAGAGCACAUCGCUCUGGGCUCCAUGCCAUACCAGGUCACAGAGGUGCUGGAGGUCCACUAUGCUCCACAAGUAGAGAUUGUGCACUCAGUAAUAGUACCACAGGAAGGACAGUACUUCAAACUGGAGUGUGUAUACAAAGGGAACCCACUGCCUGAGCCAGCUUUAUGGAAAAAAGAUGGAGGUGAGCUCCCUGAUGUUGAACGAAUGAUUGUGGAGGGUAGAGAUCUGAUCAUCACAACACUGAACAAAACAGACAAUGGCACAUAUCGCUGUGAGGCCAGCAACCAUCUUGGCACCAGCAGCGAUGAAUUUACUCUGUAUGUGUACGAUCCUAAUGCUCUCACGCAGCACAGCCCUGACCACGCACUGAUUGGGGGAGUGGUGGCUGUUGUGGUCUUUAUCACCUUGUGCUUCAUCAUUGUCCUGGGCCGUUAUCUGGCCAGGCAUAAAGGGACAUACUUAACGAAUGAGGCCAAAGGAGCGGAGGACGCCCCUGACGCAGACACUGCCAUCAUCAAUGCGGAAGGGAACCACGCACAUGCAGAGGAAAAGAAAGAAUAUUACCAGGGAGCGGCAAGAAAUGUGGUUCAUCUCAAGUCGGAAAACCUUGGCUUUGCCAAUAAUUACGCUUUAAGACAAGAAUAUGUGAGAUGUAUAAUGUAAAUAUUAUGUCCUGUCUAUUGUUUUUGUGUGUAUGUGUGUCCGUUUACUGGGCCUCAUUCACUAACCAUGUGUAAGCUUGUAAUUGUGCGUGAAACCCGUGUGCAAACGUUUUCACUCGGAAAUCAUGAUUCAGUUGAAGUUCACACUUCAAUCUAUUUUAAUGAUAUUUAUUUUGCACCAGCUGAUACAUACAGUAAAAACCAUAUACAUAAAAAUAUGACUCCUCGAGCUUUAAAACACGGAGGGGGAAUUCACUAAUAAUGAAUUGCUAUCUAAGAUGCGGGUUGGUGCUCUUUUGGCAGCACGAGGGAGGACCUAUACAAUAUCAGGCAAGUGGUUUUAAUGUUGUGGUUGAUCGGUGUAUAUAAACUCACCGAGCACUUUAUUAGGAACACUAUGUUUGAACUGAAUAAGUCUAACUUAUUUUAAAGUAAAAAAAUAUGUUCUGCAUUAUAAUGCAGACAAUCAGGUGUGAUCAGGGCCUAUAUAAACGGUGUUAAAUAUGUUUAAAGAAUGAUAAAGUGCUUGGCUUUCCUCAAAGAUUUUGCUGUGCAUGCUCUUGGGUAAAAGUGCUUUAGGUGAGAGAUCUUUAAAGCAUGAAACAUACUCUGCGAAACGACGUAAACGAUUUUGUACGUCAUUGCGUUCCGAAAUGUGUCAGACCGCAAUUCAGAACACUAUGCAAUUACGUGUUGUAUUUUCAGUGUUGACACAAGUGGUGCUUUUGACAGUCAUUAAUGUGAACUGCCUGCUUCUACGGCGAGUUUUCUCUUUCAAGACAACUCAUAGUGGAGCAACAGUUUGAAAAAAUAUUGCUGAGCGUCACUCUAUUUGUAGCAACUUUCCUGAAUAAUAACACAUUCAGUUUAUGGCAUAAACUCUAUCGCCCUUUUGAAUACUGAGUUUUGUUACCACCCAGACUGACCUCACAGUGAAAUCGGAAACAGUAGGUUGACUCUUUUUCUGCUAACAUCUGUCUGUGCUUUCCGAAUUUUGAAACACUGCAAGUGUUGUUGGGUGUAUAGGCACUUUUGAGCACCAUUUUCUGUGUGUAAUGUCCACAGAGGGGCGCCAAAUGCGAGUUGUGAAGCAAGUUGUUUUCAACUGUACAAGCUGUAAUACAGUGAAGAGGAAUGCAUAUUUUAUAAACCGUAUACCCCCCAACCCAAACCCCAAACCUAAACCUAUCCUCCAGAGGAAAAAACAAUUAACGUUAGAGGAAAAUAUGCAACAUCUGAAUUACGCUCAUCACUGAAUGUGCGAAUGUGAUUACUUCCUGGUAAUCCUGGUAAAUGCGGGAUACCAAACCCGGGUGUCCCACACUGCUGAUGCAACAUGCUUUUUGGUUAACACACUGGAGCCGAUGCUAAACUGUCUGUUAGGAGACGAUGCUUGUCAGUGAGUUGGCAUAAUGUGGCCGAUCCUAGGGUACUGAAACACUUGGAAACAACAUGUUGGCUUGUGUGAUCAUGUUGUAGCAUCACAAUAAGACAAGAAUGCACGUUAAGUACUCUAUGUUGGACCGGUAGUUGCAAUGUGUUGAUCAAGUGCUCAUGCCUUCAUUUACUUGCAUAAAGUAUGUUUCAGGCAUAAAGAUUCUGUACAUUUGUAGAGAAUGACUAAUCGCAGUACACAACAGUGUGUGUUGAAAGCCCUUAUUAGGAGAUUGUAUGGAUGUGUUUUAUGUAAACUACUAACUGCAAGUGUGUGCUCAUGCAUUUACUAUACUCUGGAGUCAUCAACAAAAGAAUGAAGGUAAGAACAAAGUUAUUAUAUGCCCCUGCUGAAAUUUUGUGUCCGAACUUUUCUACGCACAUAAACACUUAACUGUAUGCAUUUCUUAGUGAAUGAGACCCAGAGUUUUUAAUUGUGAAAGUGGAUGUUUUCUGAAGUAUACACUCUGUAAUAAAGUGCAAAUGUGUUGAAAUGCAAAGAAGAAGAUGACGAAGAAGGGACACGGACAAUUAUAAUAUAUGGCCACCAAAAACAAACUGUUUGAUGGAAAAUGAAACUUGAUGAAGCACAAAAGAGAAUUGGUCUGUAACCAUUAGAAGCAAGAUUAUUUUCUAUUUCAUUUGUACCCGUCUGUAUAUUCUUGCACUGUUAAUAUUUGCCUCAAGCUUUUAUUUAAAAACUGAAAAUGUAUCAAAUGUAAGCACAAAGUCAUUGUGAAACGUCAUUGUUUAGACAGUCUCAGGAUGCAAAGAAGAGCCUAAUUGACUUUGUCUUUUAUCACACGUGUGAAUGAAUUUUUGUUCUCGCAUUGUGAACAUUUCAAUCAAAACAGCCAUUUGUUUGACAUUUGAAUAGAAGACUUCAUUUCGAUACAGGAACUUUUGAUAUCUAUUUCACUGACCGACCCUUGUUAAUAUUGCUGUAUAUUUCUUUGCUAAAGUGAUUAUUGUGGAAUAAUGUUACUAUACUAUAGGGUCCCAUAUAAAUAUAUAUGAGAAAAUCUUGUCAAAAUAUCUAUUCAAGUGUCCCAUACUUUUAGUUAAUGUAAGUAAAGAAAAGAGGAUUGUUUGUUUGUUUUCUCCCAACACAGGGAAUGUAAAUAAUGUGUAUAUUUCAGCAUUUAGUUAGCUGUUUAUUUAUUUCAAUUUUAAAUUCUUAUUGCUGUUUAAUGCUACAUGUGUGCAAUUCCAUUUUAGCCUCUCUAUAUUAAGUAUUUCCCUACUGAUUGUCAUUAAUACUAAUUUAUUGGGUAAAUCUGAUGGAAAAACACAAUGCAUUGUUAUUAUUAGUACUUUUAUAAGCUUGUGAACAGAUAAUAAGUAUAAUUUGUCCGUGAGAAGGUCAAGACAACAAUCACCAUUAUUGCCUUUGUGUUUGCAACGAAAUAUAAGACACAUUGAAGCUCUGGUGAAGCGUAACAUUCACUGUACAUUUUUAUGACAUCUUUCCAGUGUCCACACUUUGUUUUCCCUCUUUAUAGCAUUGGAUAUAAUUAACACAUUUUUCUAAGAACUUUUGAUUUGCUUUAUUGUUCUUUUUCUGUAUGGGAAAUGUGUGAGGUUACUUUUACAUUAAAUAUCCGACUUUUUCAAAGUAUGCGUCUGUACGAAAAUACGAAAAAAGAAACUGGGAGAGUAAAAUAUGCACAAACUCUU